GGUGGUGCGGGGUGCGGGCGGGUGGCGCGCCCAGUCCCGCGCCGAGCGCCGCUCGGGCCGGCCGCACGAGUGUCUUAGGCCGCAUGAGCGCGCCGGCGUGCUAGCGCAGCGUGCGCGGGUGUGGUAUGCCCGCGCGUCGCCGCCAUGGCCCCCAUGCUGGCGGCCUUGGCGCUGCUGGCUUUGCUACCCGUGUCGGAGCAAGGUCCCCACGAGAAGCGGCUGCUGAACGCCCUGCUCGCGUCCUACAACACGCUGGAGCGGCCGGUGGCGAACGAGAGCGAGCCGCUCGAGGUCAAGUUUGGCUUGACGUUGCAGCAGAUCAUUGACGUGGACGAGAAGAAUCAGCUACUUAUAACCAAUAUAUGGCUGUCAUUGGAAUGGAACGACUACAACCUCAGAUGGAACGAUAGCGAGUAUGGUGGAGUGAAGGACCUCAGGAUAACACCGAACAAGCUUUGGAAACCAGACGUGCUCAUGUACAAUAGUGCUGACGAGGGUUUUGACGGGACGUACCAGACCAACGUGGUGGUCAGAAACAACGGCAGUUGCUUGUACGUGCCUCCGGGCAUUUUCAAGAGCACAUGCAAGAUAGACAUCACGUGGUUCCCCUUCGACGACCAACACUGUGACAUGAAGUUCGGUAGCUGGACCUACGAUGGCAACCAGUUGGAUCUGGUGCUUAAGGAUGAGGCAGGAGGGGAUUUGUCAGACUUCAUCACGAAUGGAGAGUGGUAUUUAAUAGGAAUGCCGGGCAAGAAAAACACGAUAACGUACGCGUGUUGCCCCGAGCCUUAUGUUGACGUGACGUUUACGAUCAUGAUCAGACGAAGGACGCUCUACUACUUCUUCAAUCUCAUCGUGCCCUGUGUCCUCAUCUCCUCCAUGGCCCUGUUAGGGUUCACUCUCCCUCCAGACUCCGGCGAGAAGCUAACGCUCGGAGUCACUAUUCUUCUCUCGCUGACGGUAUUCCUCAACCUGGUAGCCGAGACUCUGCCGCAGGUCUCCGACGCAAUCCCCCUGUUAGGAACUUACUUCAACUGCAUCAUGUUCAUGGUUGCUUCUUCGGUGGUACUGACGGUUGUGGUAUUAAAUUACCAUCAUCGGACAGCCGACAUACAUGAGAUGCCACAAUGGAUAAAGUCUGUGUUCUUGCAAUGGCUGCCUUGGAUUUUGAGGAUGUCAAGGCCAGGGAAGAAGAUAACGAGAAAGACGAUACUGAUGAACACCAGGAUGAGGGAGUUGGAGUUGAAGGAGAGAUCCUCUAAGUCGUUGUUGGCGAAUGUUCUGGACAUCGACGACGAUUUCAGACACGCGCCGCCACCUCCUAACAGCACUGCCUCUACAGGGAACUUAGGACCAGGGUGUUCAAUAUUCCGUACGGAUUUCCGGAGGUCGUUCGUGCGGCCGUCCACGAUGGAAGACGUCGGCGGCGGGCUGGGCAGCCACCACCGCGAGCUGCACCUCAUAUUGCGCGAGUUGCAGUUCAUCACCGCCCGCAUGAAGAAGGCUGACGAGGAAGCAGAGCUGAUCAGCGACUGGAAGUUUGCUGCGAUGGUUGUUGACAGGUUUUGUCUCUUCGUGUUCACCCUUUUCACAAUCAUCGCCACGGUGGCCGUGCUCCUGUCGGCGCCGCAUAUCAUCGUGCAGUAAGCACCGCGGUCCCGGGGUCCCACCCCGACCCGUCACUACGAGAGAACUAAUCUUAGACUUCGCGGAACGAUGUAAUUAUAAUUAAUGUAUAAUAUUAUCUCUAAAUACGUGGUUGAAACGCACACGUCUCCAUUAACUAAGUCGAAAGACGGUAAAUAUAAAUAACUCGAUACGUUAAAUAGCGUAGUUAAGUCCAACAUAUUAUAAAAAAAAGAUUGUGAUGUUGACUAGGAUGUUAUACAGAUAAAUGUUGAUGAGUAUAAUUUGUUAAAAAUAUAAUUAUAUUUCUAAUUGAUACGGUUAAAGAUAAUAAUUAUUAAAGCUUUCUGUUAAAGGGAUAUCAGGAAUGACAUAGAUGACGGACAUACUUGGGAUUUGUUUCGUAACUGGCAGCACAACGGAGAGAACUUUAUAUCACUCGCAUUUGAUCCGAAAACCACGAGAACUUUUUCACUAGUGCACUAUAGUAAAUUUAACGAAACGCCAGCGGGACGCGUGUACAUCUCGUAAGAUAGAAUAAUUCGAGUUGUAAUAGUAUCCUUUAUAGAAGAAAAUGAGGGAUCACAGACGAUGACAUUACCUUAGGGUAUUAAGUAACGUGUACAUAAACAUUUAUAAAGGAUCAAUAACGGUAGAGUCGAGUCGAAAUAGCUAAACUUAGAUUAUGAUGUAAGAACACUAGCGGAUCCUCUAGUUUGUUUUGAACACAUUGUAAAGUUUGAAGAUAAAAGAAAAGCGACUUGAAUUGAAACCCAUGUCGAUAAGGAAUUGCUGACAGUCGUGGAAUUGAUAAAAUCAACAAUUAAAGAACCAAGGUAACGAUAGAAUAAGAUUGCGUAGCGACUAGCGACAGACGUAAAGGGAAAUAAAGAAAAAUAAUAAGAAGUGAAGAAUUAAAACGAAUUAUAAAUUAAAUUAUAAAUGUAAAAUAUACCGUCUCCGAUAGGAUUAGAUAACAUUUUACGUUCGUAUGAAUUAAAUUUUGCGCCAUCAUCGCUGCCGAACAUUAAUUUAGUGUUGCAAGUUGCAUUUAUACAGUAACAACAUUUUACUAGAAAGACUCAUAGUGCAUUUUAAGUUUGGUAUAUUUUGUUGACAAAUUCAAGUUUUCAUUGCAAUUCGAGAAGAUAUCAAUACUCAUUUACUUAGCAUAAUUGAUGAAUAGUUGUAUAUACAAAAUUAAAAGCGAUCAUGUAUUUGUAUAUAAACUUAGAAAAAGCGGAAAAAAGACUAAACUUACUCUCGUAUAAUUAUCGUAAUUUCACGAGGCUGUACUUUUUGAGCUCGUUACCGUAAAAGCCUGAAUGCCGAUGAGUGUUUAAGGAUUUAUGAGUUCCUCGGUUUAUAAAUUAUUAUUAUCCGGCACAGAAACCUUUUUACUUAAGUCUAUUGGGAUGUUUCUAUUGUGUUUAAUAAUAAAUCAGCGAAUGAAUGUGAUAGUGAACUUAUAUUGUUUUUCUCUAUUCCUCGGUUUUUGUAUGGGUGAUUGACGUGUAGCUCAAAAAGGCGCUUACUGAAUGUUAGUGUCAUUGCAUUAUGGAGUUAUUGUGAGAUUUGCGAUAAAUUUUAUUGAAGUGUUAUAUAUUUCUUCUGUCCGAGUGUAUGUUCCUAAGCUCCUUCUGACUAGCUGGAUGAACCUUGGUGAGUUUUUCUUGUACUUCUAUUAAAAAGUUGAUUUAACAAAUUAAACGAUCAAAACCUAUUUCUUAUAAUUAACAUAAUAUCUUUUGUGUGCAGAUAGAUAUAUUUGUUGUGUGAUGCUUUUUCAUCCACCUCAAUAGGCAUGUUGACUACAGUUCAUCAAAAAGGAGCAAGCUUUCGCUUAACUCAAAUAACAAAACUGGCUCUAUACUGCUGGAAUUUAGUGUGAACUCUAAUUUUACUUUCAGACUGUACAGAAAUGAAAGUCAUUGACAAAAGCGUACUUUCCAAUUAUUUAUUUAAAAAAAAGGUUUAAUAAUUUGGCUUUUUAAAUUCUAAAUUAAAGUGCAUAAUACUUCUUUUGCAAAUUCCUUGUCCACAUUUUGCUCUCCAAAAAAUUUUAUUAACUUGCAAUAAUCCCGUGAUACGGUGACGUCACAACUAGUUUCCGUAGUUCUACAUACUAGCAUCUACUGUAAUAUAUUCAUAGUCAUAUUAUUUAAGAUAGCAAUUAUACUUCAUCUUAACUAUGUCCGUUCCUCGAUUUCACUCUUGUAGUUGUCGUGAUAGGCUAAUAAAUGUUGUGCCCCCUAGGCUACAGUUAUAAAGGAAUUAUACUAAGAAAGCUCACUAAGAAUAAUAUGAUAAUUAAAAUAAUUAACAUUAAAAGUCUCGGUGUGUUCUCUUUAAUCAAUUUUUUAAUAAAAAGUACGUAUGUUUUUUUUUGUUUAUCGAAUGUGGCGUGACGUGUGUGAGGUUCUUAAAUGUUCUGAACAUUCUCUUAAGGGAAUUACAUAGAUAAUAAAGUAACAAACAAACAUUUCGAUAAGAGAACGGUUAGAGAAUUUGUAUAGUAUAUUUCGAAGAUUUUCUCAUGUCAAAAUAGUAAAAUAAAAUAUAGUAUGUAUCUGUUAAAUUAAUAAGUUUAAGCGUUCCAGGGGAAUUUGUUCAAUAUAAUUGUUAUUAAUUAAUUCCGUACGUAUGGUGCUCGAAAAUAUAUCAUGUUUUUUAAACAUUCCAUUUGGUUCUUUAUUACACAAUAGUGUUGCUUAUUUGCGUAUUAAUCACUGUAUGUUAUGUUAUGUUGUAAAUUACUACUCAUCUGACCUUGUUUAAUAUUAUAAUAUUAUAUCAAAGUUUAAAUUAAAAUAUUAUAUUUCAUGUACAUUGGAAACGAUAUGCAAAAUUGAAAUUGUAAAAUUAAUUGAUAUAUUUAAUUAGAUUUGUUAGUGCCAAAAAUAGGGUUUAUAAAUAUUGAGAUUAAGUUGGAUUAUAGGGGUAUAAAUAAAGGAUAAAGUUGAAGAAUCUAUUGUAAAAAUUAAAAACGAACUAGGAUGUUUGUUAACGUAUUAUUUAAUGUUAACCUCGAGUUGCUGGGCUGUGAAUGCGAGCUUACCAGCCAAUAUUAAAAAGCUUAUUUUGUUUAAAAAAAAUAAUGACAGGUUGUGAAAAGAUUUGUAAUGCACGCAGUGACAGCCCAGCGUUCAUUUUAAAUAUAUAGUAUAACAAUAUUUUAAAACGGAGUGGAAUAACAAAACGCCUGCUUGGGACCGGGUCAAAUCUAAACGUACAAAAUAAUGCAUUUACACCUUUUCAUAUUCGGCGCAACAUUGUUACCAUUUAUUGAGGCAAACGAAGUUAGUGUUUUUUUAUUUUUUUUAAUGUUGAUAAGUUUUUGUAACACUUUUUGGAAAGAAGAACACAAGCUAACAUCAGCUUUUUUAAAAUAAUUUAUAAUCUGUAUGCUCACUGUACAUUUAUGUGUGCGUUAUUGGCAUACGUUUUAAUCGACUGUUAUCAUUUUUAUUAAUAAAAUACCAUUAUCUAUCAAGAAAUAAUUCAUUCAUGUUAUAUUUUUAAUUUUUCUAGCAUUUUCGCGGAUCAGGCAGCAGACGGGACUCGAACCCGCACCUUCCGCUAUCCGUGCGGAUGCACUGACCAUUAUGCUACCGCGGCCCUAAUGGCCGUGUCGAAUCUUUCUAGUAUUUCUUAGACAAGGCAGCGUCACCUCUUCGCAUUGUAGGUUCGAGUCCCAUCUGCUGCCUGGUCCGCGUAGAAUUUUUUCUUGAAAUGUUUUCUUUAGAUUUGAUUCAUUGAUGUUUUUAUCAAACGCAUGUUCUCUUAAAGUUGACUUUCAAUAUAACGUGAUAGUCGUUGUCGUCCAUCCUACUCUAAUUACCAUAGUUAUUAAUGCUGCAUUAUAGGACACGAAACGACUAAGUUCACGAUACAUCGAGUGUUUAUUUAAAGAGUACGCCCCAAGAAUAAUAAUAAAAAAACAAUCGUUUGCAAAGCGGAUUACAAUCGCAUAUAAUGCAGGUGGUAAAAGGUGUAUUUUUUUUAUAUAACAAAUAUAUACUUCAGAUCGAAUAUAAAAUCAAAUUGCAGACCUGUAAAGUAUCCUAUGGAGCGUAAUAAUUUUUUAUGUGCAAUUUAUUUUUUAUUUUUUGUGUAAAUAAUAAUAACGACAGAAUUCGAGUUUACGAUUUUAUAAAAAAUACACUUUUUAUAUCAGCUCCAGAUAUUAAAUCACGCCAAGUCUAAGUCUUUCUCUUCAUUAUUAUGAAUGGAAAUUUUUAUUUUGAUAAACAUUUUAACGGCACUCGAGACUUGAGUACGUACUGGCAAACACAUGGAAGUUCCAUCAUUAUUACUAGCAUCUUAAUUAAUGCGAUCUCAUCCCUCCGUUACCUUAUUCCGUAAACAAACUAGUCUGAUGUGUAUAUUUAAAACACUCCGCGGCCAUUUUCUUUUUAAGUAUUUCGCACUCUAUUUUUAAAUAACUCUUAAAGUAUUUAUGAAUUCCGAAUACUGAUGAUGUUUUCUUUCAAGAAAAAGUAGUAGAUGCAGGGGUGGUAUUUUUUCCGAUUUGCGUCUCUCCCCACCUAGAAUUGGUAAAUCAAAUUAAAACAUAGACCGGUAACGAAUGUGUUUCUAUGGUUUUUGUCGCCCUUUAAAAGCUCUUUUUUUGUUACAAUAACAUAUUUAUUGAAUUAUAUUUGAGGUUACCUACAUUCAUAAUGGCGGAAAACGCAACUCCUACUACAACUACAACUACAACAGUAGAUUCAUGUAGAGAAACAGGAGAACAGGAGACAUUCAGAAAAACAGGAAAAUCGGGGGACCAACUCUGAUUUUGCAGUUUUUCUCAUGAAUGAUCAUAGUGUGAAUUCCAUGUGUUUGCUUUAAUAUAUUUCAUAGCACACACGACUCUUCGAGUUUCACAUUUACACCGAGGAACCAUUUAUACACACUGUCAAUAUUUCUAUAUUAAUGUACUUGCAUGUGUUUGUGCGGCGCAAGAUUUACUUAUACUCAUUUGUGAUUCAGGGAAGUGGAAAACAUGAUGUAUCUUAUUGCCAUUUAACAUUAUCUCCUUGCUUUGUUUCUUCUAUGUGUCGAAUUAAAAUAUCUCUAAAUAUAUUUUAUCUUAAAUAUGCAGAUAUUACAGAUAAAGUACUACACUUUUGAUUUCUGUGACAUUUUUGAUAAGUUAUCAACCCAAAUUAUUAAAAAAACUGACUGGAAGAUCAGGUUGAGUGCAGUUCGUGUGGUAUACAUUCAUAGAUAGAGAUAUUCAAUUUCAUAAUUACAGUAAUAACGUUAACUAACGUAUCAACUUAUUUUUUUAUAAAGUCUCUGCAGUUAUUGAAUGCAAAAUUAAUAUUCUUUUGCUGUCAUUAAACCAAUAUUCAAUAUUCAGUCAGUAAUAUGCAAAAUUCAUAUUCGUUUGCUGUCAUUAAACCAAUAUUCAAUAUUCAGUCAGUAAUAUGCAAAAUUCAUAUUCGUUUGCUGUCAUUAAACCAAUAUUCAAUAUUCAGUCAGUAAUAUGCAAAAUUCAUAUACGUUUGCUGUCAUUAAACCAAUAUUUAAUAUUCAGUCAGUAAUAUGUAAAAUUCAUAUUCGUUGGCUGUCAUUAAACCAAUAUUCAAUAUUCAGUCAGUAAUAUGCAAAAUUCAUAUUCGUUUGCUGUCAUUAAACUAAUAUUCAAAAUUCAGUCAGUAAUAUGCAAAAUUCAUAUUCGUUUGCUGUCAUUAAACCAAUAUUCAAUAUUCAGUCAGUAAUAUGCAAAAAUCAUAUACGUUUGCUGUCAUUAAACCAAUAUUUAAUAUUCAGUCAGUAAUAUGUAAAAUUCAUAUUCGUUGGCUGUCAUUAAACCAAUAUUCAAUAUUCAGUCAGUAAUAUGCAAAAUUCAUAUACGUUUGCUGUCAUUAAACCAAUAUUCAAUAUUCAGUCAGUAAUAUGCAAAAAUCAUAUUCGUUUGCAGUUAUACCAGUAGAGUACUAAGUAAUUAAUCAUAAUGUCCAGUAAUUCCAGUUUUUUUCGCAAAUGCGCCGCACAAAUCUGUACACUUCGCAUACUGCACAACAGUAACAUAAUGCUUUAAUCUUGAAACAGGUAUUUUGGAGGCUCAUGUACAUCUAUCUUACUUUAAUCUGAACUCUGUAGUUUACUAUUACCAUUUUAAAUCGAUUUCGACACUUACUCUUGUAUAAUUUUACAAUGUACUUGUAUAAGCUAUUUAAACACGGCAUCGUACCUUACAUUAUUCAAUUUUUGAAAUUCAACGUUGGCUUGCGAUCAUCAAGGAUAUUUUUGUUUCAUUUUUAUUGGAUAAGCGAAAUAGAUACAUAUACUUUCUCUUUUUUAAAUUAGAAUAUGUUUAAAGGUGCACAAGGACACAAACAACAUAUACAAACGUGUAGAUGACUGUUUGCAUGUCAAUGUUCGUCAGUGAUCGGCAUCGGUGUCGGUUUUUUGCACAGAUCAUAGAAUAUUUUUGUCUAUCCGUAAUACCUAUACUAGGAUGGUCACCAAACCUGGGGAUGUGCGUUUAUGUUGGGUGAUUGUGGUAUCGGUGUUUGUCAAGUGUUUGAUUGUUUGCAUCAAGCAACGAGAAUAUGGUUCCCGCAUAGUUCAAUAUAUAGCAAAUAGUUCUCAAUAUGGCAAUGAUGUCACAGGAUGAUGGAUGGGAGGUUAUUAUUGGCCACAAUACAAAAUUCGGUGCGUUGACCUUAAGUCAAAAAUCGUCACAGCCUAGUGGCAUCUCACUCUUUUAAUUAUUUGUUGUAUUUUUAACAGUUACCUAAUUAGUUAAAACAUUCGGAAUUUUAACUGAUCUUAUUAAACACUAUGUCCACUUAGUAAGGUUCCAUAUUGAAUGGAACGCGACACAAAAACGAAGUAACAAGCAGUUGGAUUACUCUGUACUAUCAUAAUAUAAAUAAUAAUAUAUUCGUAAAGUACCUAUAAUAAACUACAAAAGAAACAUCAUUAUGAUAAUGCAGUACCAAAAAUCUCAUAACUUGAUUAUUGAAAAACUUGCAUAAAGUUUCUUAUCCCCUUUCCAUUAGAGAUCAGUUUCACGGUCCGUGAUCCCCAAUAUUAUUCCACCUAAUCAUUUCACGGUGAGGCUUAGCUCGACAUCAAACACGGAGCAUGCUCCUGCCUUAUCGCCAUUCCCCAAAUUGCUGCCCUGGAUCAAAGCGUAUCGCCCACGCAGCUUUGUAGCGGCUCCCCGUAUUACUCAUACAACAAUAUAUCAUGUUCAUGUUCACUAGGUCAGAAGUUAUGAGGAAAUAUUGUCUGUACCCUGCAAAUCAUAGGUUGGUAACUAGUGGAAACAAAGUUUUUUAGAAAGUGAUUGAAAUACUUACUAAAUAACAAUGUUGAAAUAAUGUCUCUCUAUAUCAUGUCAACUAGAAGCUCUUUUGUUCUUCUGGGGUCAAUAUUAACUAUACGAAAUUGUACGAUGGUCAUCGUCAUUUUCAUUGAGUAAUAACUACAUCUUCUCUACUACUGACACUUGCGACACGUUGUUUUUAUGAUAGGAGUACUUAUCGUUAAAAAUAAGUUCACAACUAUGAAGUGUCUCCGAGGUUUUCUCCCGGGUGAACUAUUUUAUACAUAAUAUUAUUAGUUCUGAGUAGUAGCAGCUUUCAUUUAUGUUAAUAUGAAUAACAUAGGCACUCGAAAAAGAAAAAGUAUUUUGAUUAUACAUUUUUAUUUUAUUGUUGAUGACUGCAAGCCACUUAAUAUUAAGAUCGACAUCAUAACUUAACUUCACUAAGUAGAGUAGUUUGAACUAACACAUUACACCCGUUGUUGCUCGCUUACUUGUCGCUUCACUUGAAACACACGUAGUUAUCAUAGAUAUUCUUAUCGCUAGAAAAGGUUCGUUAUCAUCAAUGGAAUAUAUUUAUAAGUAAAAAAAGGACAGCAUAAGUUUUGGCAAAUUCAAUAUGACCGACUAACUAUAUUGCUUCGUAUUAGAAAACACAAUUUUAGUCGUUUUGGAUAUGCAAGUUUUUGUUAAAAGAGAUUUAAUUUAAGCUCUGUUUUUUUCCACAACAGAAAGUCGUAACCGCCACAUCAUUGUGUUUAUAACCUUAUGGUUUUGAAAAUAGCGAACCUGAGAAUCAUGCUCGUACUUAAGACCAAAGUAAUCGUAGCUUCACUUCACACUCGAAUACUUUUCUUUGUGAUCAUAACUCCACAUUGUGUUCUCGUGGCUUAACCAUAGUCGAGAUAUAUAAUUAAAAUUAAUAAAUUAUACGACUGCAGUAAGUUGAUUAAUACAACCGUGUGUAAUGUAAGUUUAUAAGGUGAAGCCCCUAUGGAGGUUUUUGUAAUACAUGACAAACUAAAAAUACAAAGGUAAAUUUGUAAAAUAAUAAAAUCGACGGGUAAAAUGAUUAUUCGUUAAAAUUGACUAUCGUAAGUAGUAUUCGAUUUGUAUAAAACUAAAAUAAAUUAAAGCAAUCUGAUUUAUACUAA